ACGGACAUAAUGAGAAACGAUAUGACACGCACUUGCAUCGUUAAUUAUUGAAGUUCCUAAUUACGAGUGUUACAUUCAGUAAAAAUGGACACGUCCAGCGAUCCAAAUUUAUAUAGGUUAGAGGGUACUGACAAAAAUCAGACUGCAGGUCUGAUUAUUCGGAAGAAACCGUCCGACCACACAUUUAAAAAGCCACAAAUGUCUGUUUUGGGACUCGAUAAACUUGCGAAACGAAAACGACAAGAAAAUGCCCAGGAGUCGAAUUCGUCAAGAUCAAAUUCACCACAGUCAGAGGUUAAAGAAAGAAAAUAUAGAUCGUAUGCUGAGGAAACACCAACUCAUACUGGUGGCGUGAAUUCGGAGGCUCAACAGAGAUUAGAGACACGACUGAAACAUCAGAGGUUAAGUGCACAGGACAAGCAUCACAGACGUGGCCACAAGGAUCAUAGUCGAGAUAGUGACUCUAGAAGAAGAGACAGAAGUAGAGAAAGGGACAGGGAAAAAGAAAGGAGUAGAAGCAGAGGUAGCAUUAGACAGACACCUUUAAGAUUCAAAGAUGAACCACAGACACCGAUAUUUAAAACAAAGGAUCCAACCUCCAGAAGUAAUUGGGAUGAUGACGAAGAUGAAGAACCAAGAAACUCAAGUUGGGAUCAUCCAACGCCGAAUCUUUAUAGUAGCAGAGAUGGUCGUGAGAGUACCAGGAGUGAAUUCACUCCUUCGUAUAAAUAUAAUUCUUGGAAUAAAGACAAAGCUAGUGGUGCUACACCUAUGGUAGAUGGAGAAGAGAAAGAACUGUGGGAAGAAGAGCAACAAAGAUUGGACAGGGAAUGGUACGCCUUAGAUGACGGAGAAAAUCACGCUUUCGCAGAUGUAUCUGAGGAAUACACGCGAAAAAAAGAAAUGGAACUUGAAGCGAAAAGGCAGAAACGUCUAUCCGCACAGCAGAGACAAAUAAAUAAGGACAAUGAAUUAUGGGAACGUAACAGAAUGUUAACAUCUGGUGUUGUAAGUUCUCUAGACCACGAUGAUGAUUUUGAUGACGAAGGAGAGACCAGAGUACAUCUUCUAGUUCAUAAUGUUGUUCCACCAUUUUUGGAUGGACGAAUUGUAUUCACCAAGCAACCAGAGCCUGUCGUACCUGUGCGUGAUCCCACUUCGGAUAUGGCUCUUGUAGCUAGAAAAGGAUCAGCUCUGGUGCGAGCAUAUCGUGAACAAAAAGAACGGCGUAGAGCCCAGAAGAAGCAUUGGGAACUAGCUGGAACUCAUAUUGGCAAUAUUAUGGGUGUUCGUGAUAGAAGUAAAGAAGACAAAGAAGAUCCGGGCCAAGAACACGAUUUCAAAGCUGGCCAGAAAUACGCCCGUCACAUUGGAGCCGAUGAAGUCACCGGGGAAGCGAAAUACAGAUCCAUUCAGCAUCAGAGAAGAAGUUUACCAGUAUUCGCUGUCCGUCAAAUAUUGUUGAACGUAAUCAGGGAGAACAGUGUGGUGGUUAUAAUCGGGGAAACCGGUAGCGGAAAAACUACACAAUUAACACAGUAUCUUCACGAAGAUGGUUAUAGUCGUAACGGGAUGAUCGGGUGUACACAGCCCAGAAGAGUAGCAGCUAUGUCUGUAGCCAAGAGAGUUUCCGAUGAAAUGGCUACUACAUUAGGAGAUAAAGUUGGUUACGCUAUUCGUUUCGAAGACUGUACUUCGAAAGAUACUGUUAUUAAAUACAUGACCGAUGGUAUUUUAUUGCGAGAAAGCUUAAGAGAGGGAGACUUGGAUCGAUACAGCGUUAUCAUUAUGGACGAAGCUCACGAAAGAUCCUUAUCCACUGAUGUGUUGUUCGGUUUGCUCAGAGAAGUCGUAGCACGACGGCAUGAUUUAAAGUUGAUCGUGACAUCCGCCACGAUGGAUUCCAACAAGUUUUCAGCAUUCUUCGGGAAUGCGGCGACCUUCCAGAUUCCAGGUCGUACAUUUCCAGUGGAGAUAUUGCACGCGAAAAAUCCAGUAGAGGACUACGUGGACGCCGCGGUGAAGCAGGUGUUGCAGAUUCAUUUGCAACCGCGAUCUGGCGAUGUAUUAGUAUUCAUGCCUGGUCAGGAGGACAUCGAGGUCACCUGCGAAGCGUUGAAGGAACGAUUAGCGGAGAUCGAAUCGGCUCCUUUGCUUUCGAUUCUACCGAUUUAUUCCCAGUUGCCCUCGGACCUGCAGGCGAAAAUUUUUCAGCGUUCCGAGGGAGGUCUACGGAAAUGCGUCGUGGCUACGAACAUAGCGGAAACAUCGUUGACCGUGGACGGGAUUGUGUUCGUUGUCGAUUCUGGUUACUGCAAAUUAAAGGUUUACAAUCCACGAAUCGGUAUGGACGCUUUGCAAGUGUACCCAGUAUCCAGAGCGAACGCCGAUCAACGAGCUGGAAGAGCUGGACGUACUGGUCCCGGCACCUGUUUUAGGUUAUACACACGGAGACAAUACUUGGACGAAUUACUCCUAACUGGAGUUCCGGAAAUCCAGCGAACCAAUUUAGCAAACACUGUGUUACUCCUGAAGUCUUUGGGUGUACAAGACCUGCUAGCUUUCCACUUCAUGGAUCCUCCGCCGCAAGACAAUAUAUUGAAUUCGUUGUAUCAGUUGUGGAUAUUGGGCGCUUUGGAUCACACGGGACGUCUGACACCUUUGGGACGUCAGAUGGCAGAAUUUCCUUUGGAUCCGCCGCAGUGUCAGAUGCUGAUUGUCGCGUCCCAGCUUGGUUGCACUGCUGAUAUACUUAUCAUAGUUUCAAUGUUAUCCGUCCCGUCGAUAUUUUACCGACCGAAGGGCCGCGAAGAAGAUUCGGAUUCAGCGCGGGAGAAGUUUCAAGUACCAGAAUCCGAUCACUUGACGUAUUUAAACGUGUACAAUCAAUGGAAAGCGAACGGUUAUUCCAGUUCGUGGUGCAACGAUCACUUCAUCCAUGCAAAGGCUAUGCGAAAAGUACGGGAAGUGCGGCAGCAGCUCGAAGAAAUUCUGAAGCAACAAAAGAUGGAGGUUGUUAGCUGCGGUACCGACUGGGACAUCGUCAGGAAGUGUAUCUGUUCUGCGUAUUUCCAUCAAGCUGCUCGAUUGAAGGGCAUCGGCGAGUACGUUAACUGCCGUACAGGAAUAGGUAUGGGCUUCACGCCUGACUACGUGGUGUACCACGAGCUUGUUAUGACGGCCAAAGAGUACAUGCAGUGUGUCACAGCCGUUGACGGGCACUGGCUGGCCGAGCUCGGCCCUAUGUUCUUUAGCGUGAAGGAAACCGGCCGAAGCGGACGCGCGAAGAGGAGAAAAGCGAUGCAACAUUUGCACGAGAUGGAGGGACAGAUGAAGGAAGCGGAAGAAGAAAUGAAGGCUAGGGCCCAGGAACAACUUGAACGGGAGCAAGCUUCUAUUAGGAAGAAAGAAAUAUUGACCCCUGGUAUCAGAGAACCAGGAACACCCGCUCCGUACCGUAAAACUCCAGGUAGAUUAGGAUUGUAA